GGAAAGAUGACUGGCCUUGUGCAAGUCCAAUCAAGUUCUUUUUCCUUGUACUGGAAGCAUUAAGGACUUACAGAUUAAUUCAACCUGAGAACCUGAGAGGAACAGAUCUGGACCAAAAUGGCAACACUAAAUAACACCGGACCAACCAAUGACAGUGACCAGUAUCAUUGUGUUUUAAAAGAGAACUUCAAGUACAUUCUCCUCCCAGUCAGCUACAGUCUUGUGUUUGUGGUAGGCCUGGCAUUGAACUUCACUGCCAUGUACAUCAUUCUGUUUCGAACCAAACGCUGGAAGCCCAGCACCAUCUACAUGAUCAACCUCAACGUUUGUGACACCCUUUACAUCCUUACCCUUCCGUUCCUCAUCUACUACUAUGCAGAUGAGAAUGACUGGCCGUUCAGCGAGCCGAUGUGCAAGCUGAUUCGCUUUUUGUUCUACACAAACCUCUAUGGAAGCAUCCUCUUCCUCAGCUGCAUCAGUCUGCACCGUUUCAUGGGCAUCUGCCACCCGGUGCGCUCUUUGCCCUGGAUGGACGCACGUCGUGCUCGUUGGAUCUCAGUAGGCAUAUGGGCAACAAUGCUCUUCUUCCAGGCACCAAUCCUCCACUUCUCCAGAAUGAAAAAAAAUGGUAAUAUGCGGGUGUGCUAUGACACGACCAGCAAGGAGCUCUUCAACGACUUCCUAGUUUACAGCUCGGUGGUUAUGGUUCUUCUCUUUGUCCUACCGUUUGGGGUGGUGCUGGUCUGCAAUGUGUUGAUGGUACGGAAACUUCAGGAACUCACUGUUGGUGGAGGCCCCAUGUCACAGCACUUCAAGCAGAAGUCGGUAAAGAUGAUCAUAAUUGUGCUCUUAGCCUUCAUGUUAUGUUUUCUUCCCUUUCACUUGAACCGUAGUAUAUACUAUACCUUCCGCUACAUGGACAAGCAGGUGAGCUGCAAGAUGCUAGAGCAUGCUAGCAUGGCCUACAAGGUCACGCGACCUCUGGCCAGCGCCAAUAGCUGCAUCGACCCCAUCCUCUACUUUAUGGCUGGGCAGAGCUUCAGAAGCAGUAUUAGCAAAAAGCCAAAAAAAAGCCAAAGGGGUGAAAAUAUAAAAUCUCCUGAAACCUCAAUACAUUCUUGAGCAAAGGAUGCUAAAGGAGAAAAUCUCUGGUUAAAACUAUUUGUGAAAGGGGAAGUUGUGACGGGCAACUCAUAAUGGACGGCAACUGUCAACACUGCGACAAUUACAACAGUCCAUUUGGAGACUCCUGGACAAAAAUGACAAAAAUCCCCAAAAAAGCAGUUGCUAUUAAGGAAGCAUUUGUUGUUAUAUAAAUAGAAAGACUUUGUGACCCUUAAAGGGAUGGUUCACCCAAAACUGAAAAUUCUCUCAUGAUUUACUCACCCUCAUGCCAUUCCAGAUGUGUAUGACUUUCGUUCUUCUGCAGAACACAAAUUAUGAUUUUUAGAAAAAUAUUUCAGCUCUGUAGGUCCAUUCAGUGCAAGUGAAUGGGUGCAAACAUUUUGAUGCUCCAAAAAGCACAAAGGCAGCACAGAAGUAAACCAUACGACUCCAGUGUUUUAAUCCAUAUCUUCAGAAGUGAUAUGAUAGGUGUGGGUGAAAAACAAUUCAAUAUUUAAGUCCUUUUUUGCUAGAAAUUAUUUCCCCUGCCCAGUAGGGGGCGAUAUGCAUGAAGACUGUGAAAGUGAAAGUAGAGAUUGACUGAGCAUAGAGCAGAAUUAUUGUAAAAAAAGUACUUAAAUAAUCAUCUGUUUCUCACCCACAGCUAUCAUAUUGCUUUUGAAGACAUUGAUUUAACCACUGAAGUCUAAUGGAUUACCUUUAUGCUGACCUACAGAGAUGAAGUAUUCUUCUAAAAAUCAUAAUUUGUGUUCUGCAGAUGACAUGAGGGUGAGUAAAUCAUGAGAGAAUUUCCAUUUUUGGGUGAACUAUUCCUUAUACAGGGCCAUUUUAUUGUAUAUGUGAAGGACUAUAUUCCUACUGUAUAUCAGCUCUUUGACCUCUUGGUACUGCGGAAAAAUGAAGCGUUGGUGGUGAAGGAAUUGAUUCUUCUAUUAAAGAACCUGACGAAGUGGCAUUACCCCUGAAGAGCAAUGGAUAAUACUGUAACGGGGUACAAUAGAAAGGAGGAGGCGAGAACCGGACGAAGCAUCAAAGUAAAAUUUAAUUAAACAGAAACAUACAAACAUAAACACAUACAGGGCAGCUGCCUGUUGCUCUUUCUCUCUUUCUUGAACUGCCGCCUCUGGUGGCCUUUAUCCCUCUGGUCGGCUUGAUUAGCCUGAUUAGGGGCCGGGCGUGCGUCAUCAUGGCCCGGCCCCGCCCUCCUCCUUGCCACAAAUGCUUUAAAAUAAAUUAAGGGAAAAAAUUCUGAAAAGGGGUAUUUUGGGAGAGUUAUUAACAGCACAACAGCAUUUUGACUCACAGUCAGAGACUUCUCCUCAGUUCAGAAUAUCAUCAGGUGUGACAUGAACUGUCUUUAGAUGCCUUCAGUGAACAGCUGACGUUGAGCUUUAAUUCAAACAGAAUGACACUGAAUCAGACAAAAAAAAAAUCUACUCAACUGACCAAUAGGAGGUGGGGGGAGUGUUCAGGUUACCUGUUUGAAAACAAAAUUUUUGCAUUUCAUUUUUUGUGACGCUAGUGUCACAGAAAUUAGACACUUUUAAUAAGAGACAGAACAUUGAUAAUAUUUCAUUUUUAAUUUUAUUUAUGAUUCAUGGGGUGUCUGUGUUGAAUGCAUUUUAGAAAAAUACAAUUUUUUCUUUUUUUUCUUUUUAUUUCUUUUUUUGUCUUACUAUGGCAACAUUAAUUUCAGGAAUGUUAAAUACACUGUUUGUUAUCAAUUUUUUGAUAACUACUUCAUUUGCUAACUAUCCUACUGGUAAUCAUCAAGUUCUUUGAUAAAAAUAAAAAAAAGUCAAAGUUAACUCAGUAUUUGCCAAGAGAUCAAUGACCAAUAAUAAUGUUGUAAACAUUUUCUUUAUUUCAAGAGUAUAAAUACCAGAAAAAGGUGCAACAUUAAUAGGGUGAUAAUAAAUAAAAGCAACAACAAUGUA